AUGUUCCAACUCUUUCGUUACAACAGUAUUGUAAGUUACGCUAUUGUCAGAGGUAGCGUUAGAGGUAAAACAUAUUAUGCUGUUUACUUCGCGGCAAUAUAUAUCGGUAUAUCGAUUUGUUCAGAAUUUUUAUAUUAAUUUUUUGAAAGAAUACUCAAGUUAUACAAACUUAUAUGUGAAAAUACAGUGUCAAUUUGUGCACGAGAGUCCGGCAUUUUGCAAACAAUCAAGUGAAAUUUUAAAACAGUGAUAAACAAGAUAUCUUGCUAAUCUUAUAUUGUCUUAUCUUCUUAUCUUAUAUCGAACGAGAAUACACGAUAUUAGUUAUCAUUUGUUGAGAACGUAGAGACGAAAUAUAUCGCAUUGGUUACAUCGUCAUUUAAGCUGCAUCAUGAUAUUUACAAGUGUAGCAUUGAUAAUCUUAAUAUGUGUUGGUAUAAUAUAUCUAAUCACGGAUUAUCGUAAACGGUUACGAUUCUUUCAAGCGGCAAGUGUACUACCAGGUCCAAAAACGCAACCAAUUCUUGGGAAUGCCUAUUAUUUUCUCCAAAGAAAUUUUGACGAAUUCUUGAACAGUAUAUCUUUGCUCAUGGAUACUUACCCGUCUCUAUUUCGAUUUUGGUUGGGCAACAAGUUAAUUAUUUUUACAAACGAACCAGACCAAAUAAAAAUAAUUCUUGAAAGCUGCUUAAAUAAAAACGUGCUGUAUCAGACUUUGAGACCGUGGCUAGGAACGGGACUCAUUACUGCUCCUGCACAUAUAUGGUUUGGACAUCGAAAAAUGAUAGCUUCAAGCUUCAAUACAAACAUAUUACGAGGAUUCUGCGAUACAUUUGUGAAACAAACUUCAAUAUUUAUGGAGAAAUUAGAACACAUGCUAAAUGAUGAAGUAGAUAUUUUUGAACAUAUAACAACGUGUACUUUGGACAUCAUUUAUGGCACUUCAUUGGGUAUCAAGUUGGAAUCGCAAUUAAAUAAAAAUACUAUGUAUGUUAAUGCACUAAUAAGGGUAAAAGAGAUAAUCUUACACAGAAUACGAAAUAUAUUUUUAUUUUCUGAUAUAAUAUUCUAUUUUACUCCUCUAAGUCGCGAGCAGCAGAAGCAUUUAAAUUAUAUAUAUUCUGCUGCGGAAAAGGUAAUAGAACAAAAGGAAAAUGCGAGAGAUAAUUUAGUUGGAAAUAAAAACCAAUCUGCUAAACCUUCAAGAAAAGUAUUCCUCGAUUUAUUAAUGGAAGCAUCUGACGAAGGCAAAAAAUUCACUAGAAAGGAUAUUAUCGAUGAAAUCAAUACGAUAACUUUUGCCGGCUCCGAAACAACUGGAAUCACACUAAAUUUCACGAUGUUCAUGUUAGCAAAUUUCCCAGAAGUACAACAAAAAGUGUACGAGGAAUUGCUGGAAAUUUAUGGUACGCAAGACCCAAAAUUCGCGCCUGUCAAGUUCGAAGACUUGCAACAUAUGAACUAUAUGGAGUGUGCUAUUAAGGAAACAUUGAGACUCUUCCCCGUUGUGCCUCUCGUAGGACGUCGAAAUAAUGAAGAUUUACAAAUAGGACAAUAUACUAUACCGAAGGGCGCUGAUUUUUUUAUAACAAUAUUAUCUUUGCAUCGCAAUAAAAAUUAUUGGCCGAAGGCGUUGACAUUCGAUCCAGAUAGAUUUCUUCCGGAGAAUAUAGCAAAUAUUCAUCCAUCUAGUUAUAUACCGUUUGGUACCGGUCCAAGGAACUGUUUAGGUAUGAGGUAUGCAAUGACUUCUAUGAAAGUUCUCAUAGCAACUCUGUUGCGGACAUACAUAUUAAAAGUGGACAAGAAGGUCAAAAUAGAAGACAUAGAAUUAAAGAUGGAUCUUGUGUUAAUGCCCAUGAACCCUUUAAAAAUCAGAAUUGAAAAGAGGAAGUGACGACAUAAUAAAAUAUGAAUGUACUAACGGAGGAAAUGGAAUUUCUUACUAAUAUAAUUAGUUGAUAAAAUUUAUCGUUACUUUUAAUUUAAUUGUUAUGUUUUGUGUAGAAUGUUACAAUAUGUCAAUUAGAAGUCAAUUAGAUUGAUAUAUGUAGUGCAAAGCGUUAAUAUAAGAAAAUUAAUUAUUCCUUUAUUUUAUUAAUAAAUAAAAAAUGGUGCCUAAUAAAAUGGUGCUGUAA